AUGAGUUGUGUGCAGACAAAGGAAACAUGCCGGUGCCGUGAAUGGGUUUUCAAAAACGUGUAACUUUAUAUAGUGGUUGCCUAAAAUAAACCACAUUGAUUAAAGACUAAAUUAAAUCAUUCGGGAAUCACGCAGUUUAACUGAAUUGAUCAAUCAGAACGAUAACAUAGGUCAGAAAAAUUGCAACACUGAUUCACAGUGCUUUGCAACAUUGUGACUUGUUUUCAUUGCACCAGUAUCAAGAAUCCACCGAUGCCCCUCUGUUUCGUCUUCCAGAAGAGCGCCGGCUGGCUGCUUUGCGGAUGUGGACAAGCCCACAGGCGACAUCACUGCGCCAGUGAAGCCUGUGGACCGCGCGCCGUCCGAGCGAAGGCGGUGCCGUCCUCGCGCGUAGCUUCCGUCGCACGAGCGCCCGGUAAAGCUGUGCGGGCUAAUGCGCAGUUCUCCAGACGGGAGAGCAGACAUCUGUGCUGCCAAAAUCCGCUUUCUUGGAGCACUCGUUAAAGCAGGAAUGAUCACCAAAAGGGUCUGAGUUGUGCUGUGGGAACGGAAGAUGUCCUGAAAGAUACGCGCGGCGCCGGGAUCUUACCUUGUAUUUAAAACGGUGGAUUUUUCUGUGAUUUUUUUUUGAAACUCCUUGAUUGAUGGAGCUACUUCGCUCUUGUCGUUCUUUACUGCUUGCAGCUGCUAUGGCUGUCUGAAACGCCCGUUACUUAUCCAACCACUUUUUGUCCGGGGCAAGUCGGUGCUGUUCUGAAGCUUUCAUUUACUAGUUUUGUUGCUUAGCAAUGCUGUGAAUAUAAGAUAGGAAACCAGUUUUCGGGACAGACGGUUAAUUGGGCAAAGAUAUGCGUGGUAUUCCUUUUCCAGAGGCAAAGUUGCCGAAUAUCCCAAGAGAAUUUGGUGUCAGUUCAAGCUACAGUGCGCCUCUUCGCUAUCAUAGGAAACGGACCGUUUCUGUGGGCACAGAGAGAAGCCAACACGAGUAGCUAUGUGCUCAGCUACACUCAUGAGCAGCGUGUAAACGGAGGUCCGCACCCGGUACAAUACUGCACUCAUUCAUAAAAGCAUUUCAACGAAUUUGGUAAAAUAGUCAAGUUAAGGAGAAAAUGGAAAACGAGGUGUUUACGCCUUUGCUGGAGCAGUUUUUGGUGACUCCUCUGGUCGCCUGGGUGAAGACAGUCGUCCAGCCGGCCACGAACGAUUGCAGCAAGCUCUCUGAAUACAUUGAAUUAGUAGAUGGUUCAUACUUGAACGAGGUCAUGCUUCAAAUAAAUCCUAAAGCAUCUACCCAGAGGGUCAGCAAGAAAGUGAACAAUGACCCAGUGUUGCGUGUACAGAAUCUCUCCAUUCUUAUACGGCGGAUCAAAACAUAUUAUCAGGAGACUCUGCAGCAGCUGGUGACGAUGCCCCUGCCCAAUGUCCUGGUUCUUGGCAGGACUCCGCUCACUGAACAGGGCUUGGGAGAGGUGAAGAAACUGUUGUUGCUAUUGCUGGGAUGUGCCGUCCAGUGUGAGCAGAAAGAGGAGUACAUUGAGAGAAUCCAGACGCUGGACUUUGACAUGAAGGCUGCGAUUGCGUCUCACAUUCAAGAGGUCACUCACAAUCAGGAGAACGUGCUGGACCUGCAGUGGCUGGAGGGAGGCGAGUCGCCCCCUGAGGACCUGGACACGCUCUCGAGAAACCUCGCCCUCCACCUCCGGCGUGUGGUGGACGAGAGAGACGACCAGGUGGAGGCCAUCGUGGAGCUGACCCAGGAGAGAGACUACAGCCAGGGCUUACCUGCCUUGCCCUGCGGCCCCGCGCCCGGCGACUCACCCAGCAUGCGCCGCACCGAGAGCAGGCAGCACCUCUCGGUGGAGCUGGCGGACGCCAAGGCCAAAGUCCGCCGCCUCCGUCAGGAGCUAGAGGAGAAGACCGAACAGCUAUUGGACUGCAGGCAGGAGUUGGAGAAUCUGGAGAAAGAGCUGAAGCGGAUUCAGCAGGAGAACCUCCAGCUGCUGUCUGAUGCACGGUGCGCCCGGGCGUAUCGCGACGAGCUGGAUGCUCUGAGAGAGAAGGCCAUCCGCGUGGACAAACUGGAGAGUGAAGUGGGACGCUACAAGGAGCGGCUCCACGACAUCGACUUCUACAGAGCCCGUGUGGAAGAGCUGAAGGAGGACAAUCAGAUCCUGUUGGAGACCAAGAGCAUGCUGGAGGAGCAGCUGGAUGGCUCCAGAGCGCGCUCCGACAAACUGCACGAGCUGGAGAAGGAGAACCUGCAGCUGAAAGCCAAAAUCCACGACAUGGAGAUGGAGCGGGACAUGGAUCGGAAGCGUAUAGAGGAGCUCGUGGAGGAGAACCUGACACUGGAGGUGGCUCAGAAGCAGAGCAUGGAUGAAUCUUUGCACCUGGGCUGGGAGCUGGAGCAGCUCUCCAAAACUACGCCAGAGUUUCCCGAGGCUCCUCAGAAGUCUCUGGGUCAUGAGGUGAAUGAGCUCACCUCCAGCAGACUCCUGAAGCUGGAGAUGGAGAACCAGACGCUCCUGAAGACCGUGGAGGAACUGAAGGCAGCCGGGGAAGCUAGCUCACGUCUGCUCAAGGCUGAGAAGGAGAAUCAGAGACUGCAUGAGAAGCUCAAGCAGCUGGAGAAUGAGAUGCGCACAGAGAGAGAGGGUUUGCGUGGUGCAGAGUGCCUCAGUGCCGACCUGAUGAAGGAGAAAUCACAGCUGCAGAAAACCCUGGAGACGCUGAGGGAAAACUCAGAGAGACAGGUGAAGUGGCUGGAGCAGGAGAACGAGCUCUUGAACCAGACGGUCGCCUCCCUCAGGCAGCGGUCGCAGGUGAGCGCCGAGGCCAGGGUCAAAGACGUGGAACAGGAGAAUCGCGUGCUUCACGAGUCCAUCAAAGAGACCAGCGGCAAGCUCAACAAGCUUGAGUUCGAACGCAAGCAGCUACGCAAGGACCUGGAGUACUACAAGGAGCGGGGUGAGAAGGCCGAGGAGCUGGAGGUGGAGGUGCACCGUCUGGAACGGGAGAACGAGGGUCUGCAGAAGCGUGUGGCGAGUCUGGGCAUCACCUGCGAGAAGGUGGAGGCCCUGGAGAAGGAGAACGCCGAUCUGGAGACGGAGAGCCGGCGGUUGAGGAAGAAGGUGGACGGGCUGAGGAACACGUCGUUGCAGUUGGCAGCCCUGGAGAAGGAGAACGCCCAGCUGGAGGAGGAGAACCUGGAGCUCCGGCGCGCAGCCGAGUCGCUGCGAUCGGCUGUGGCCCGGGCGGUCCAGCUGGAGCUGGAGAACCGUGAGCUGGAAGGCGAGAAGAGCCAGCUUCAGAGGAGCCUGGAACUGCUCAAGGCCUCGUCUAAGAAGAGUGAGAGACUGGAGGCGAACUGCCAGGGCCUGGACUCGGAGAACCAGCGGCUCCAGAAGGCCCUGGAGAACAGCAGCCGCAAGGUCCAGAAACUGGAAGGCGAGCUCCGGGACCUGGAGAGCGAGAACCAGAGCUUGCAGCGGAACCUGGAGGAGCUGAAGAUUUCCAGCAAGCGUCUGGAGAAACUGGAAAUGGACAACAAGGCGCUGGAGCAGGAGAGCUCACAGCUGGAGAAAGACAAGAAGCAGCUGGAGAAGGAAAACAAGCGUCUUCGGCAACAGGCCGAGAUCCGAGACUCCAAACUGGACGAUGACAAUCAGCACAUCUCGCACCUCGAGAAGGAGAACCGUGCCCUUACCAAGGAGGUGAGCACACUCAAAGACUCCUGCAGCCGUAUCAAAGACCUUGAAAGAGACAACAAGGAGCUGGCGAAGCAAGCCACGAUGGACAAAAAGACGCUUGUCACACUGAGAGAGGAGCUGGUCAGUGAGAAACUGAAGAGUCAGCAAAUGAAUAAUGACCUGGAAAAGUUGACCCACGAACUAGAGAAGAUUGGCCUGAACAAAGAGGGUCUCCUGCACGAUGAACAGAGCUCAGACGCCAGGUUCAAAUUGCUGGAAUCAAAGCUGGAGUCUACUCUGAAAUCCUCUCUGGAGAUUAAAGAGGAGAAGAUUGCCGCUCUGGAGGCCAGACUGCAGGAAUCCUCCAACCUCAACCAGCAGCUCCGCCAGGAGCUCAAAAUUGUAAAGAAGAACUACGAGGCUCUUCGUCAAAGGGAAGAGGAGGAGCGCAUGGUUCAGAGCUCGCCUCCUAGAGGAGGGGAGGACUCCCAAAGCAUCAGUAAGUGGGAGAAGGAGAGUCACGAGGCCACCCGAGAGCUUCUGAAGGUCAAAGAUCGUCUCAUAGAGGUUGAGAGGAAUAAUGCCACGCUCCAAGCGGAGAAGCAGGCGCUGCGCACGCAGUUGAAGCAGCUGGACGGUCAGAGCGCUAACCUCCAGGCUCAGAUCCUGGCCCUGCAGAGACAGGCCGCCUCACUGCAGGAGAACAACACCACCCUGCAGACGCAGAACGCCAAGCUACAGGUGGAGAACUCCGCGCUGGUGGCGCAGAACGCCCAGCUGCAGAGCCAGCAGAGCGGCAUGGAGGGGGAGAGGGACGGAGCAGUGCGUGAGCGGGAGGAGCUCCGCACCACCCACGAGCUCCUCCUGCGCGACCACGAGAAGCUGGCAGCCCUCCACGAGCGGCAGGCGGUGGAAUAUGAGGCCCUCAUUGGCAGGCACGGUGGCCUAAAGAGUGUCCACAAGACCCUGGAGACGCAGCACCGUGACCUGGAGGACAGGUACAACCAGCUGCUGAAGCAGAAAGCUCAGCUGGAGGAGCUGGAGAAGGUGUUGAAAGCUGAGCAGGAGAAGAUGAUGUCGGAGGCCAGGAGCCACCAGGCCACGGCCACAGAGUACCGCAAGCUGAAGGACGACAAUAACAAGCUGAACAUGACAUACCAGCAACUGCUGAAAGACAAUGAGGGGCUACAGUCUGACCACAAGAACCUGAAGAGCCAGUUGAACGCGGCAAAGCUGGAGCAGACCCGCCUGGAGGCUGAGUUCUCCAAACUCAAAGAGCAGUACCAGCAGCUGGACAUCACCUCCACCAAACUCACCAACCAGUGCGAGCUGCUGAGCCAGCUGAAGGGGAACCUGGAGGAGGAGAACCGCCACCUGCUGGACCAGAUCCAGACCCUGAUGUUGCAGAACCGGACCCUGCUGGAGCAGACCAUGGAGAGCAAAGACCUGUUCCAUGUCGAGCAGAGACAAUACAUAGACAAGCUCAAUGAACUGAGGAGACAGAAAGAGAAGUUGGAGGAGAAGAUCAUGGAUCAGUACAAGUUCUAUGACCCCUCUCCCCCCCGAAGGAGGGGCAACUGGAUCACGUUGAAGAUGAGGAAGCUGAUCAGGCCGAAGGGCCGAGAGCGCAUGCGCUCGCUCACCGUCGCGCCCAUCCGCUCCGAGUCCAGCGACGGCUUCUCGGCCGGCACGCUGGCGCCGCCCGACAGCCACGACAGCUCAUCCAUGGGCUCCGGAUCACUGGACGACACUCUGAGCCAGAAGCGGAGCAGCAGGAGGAGAUCGCAGCACAGCAAUGUGCAAGGGUCCUCCAAUGCUCUCAAACGGCUACCCUUUAUGAGGAACAGGUCCAAGGAGAAAGACAAAGAAAAAGCCAUCUACCGCCGCUCCAUGUCCAUGAACGACCUCUUGCAGACCAUGGCUCCGGCGGGGGGUCAGUGGAGCAGCAGCACGGACCACCUGGACACGCCCGAGGAGGCAGCCUUGGCGUCGGCGGUGAUUGCGGCGGGUGGAGGCCAACGGAGGAAGGAGCUGGGGACAAUGGCGUACUCCACCACGGCCAUCGACUGCGCUACCCUCGGCCUGCCCCCCGGACACGGCUCCAAGCACAAACUGAAGAACAGAGACAACGUGUCGUACGAGGACGUCACUCCAGUCUUUUCGGAUGAGCAGAGUGGGGUUCGAGCCCAAGGACGGGAGCACGUUAGCACUUCUGAAGCAGUCUGCCCCCCAGCUCCAGACGUCUCCGUCAAAUGCAAAGCCCCUUGUAUCAUCUGUAGUGUGGUGAACGGCAGCCUGAGCAGACCGCAGAGCGAGAGCAGCGGCGAGCUCAGCCUGAGUCUGGACGCCGACGUCUGGUCGAGCGGGAGCAGCCCCGUGCUGCCGCAUCCGCCUCUGCCGCCGCCGUCAUCUUCAUCCUCCUCCUCCUUGUCUCACGCCCAGCGCUCGUCUCGCCAGAGCCCGCUGCAGCUCCGGAGGGGCCCCGAGCUCGCUGGCGCCCCCCCCAGGAGGAGCACGGGCUCCCCGGGUGGUGAGGUGCUGUCCUUGCAGCAGUUCCUGGAGGAGAGUGCAGACCCUCGCCAGUCCGGCAGCCAGGAGAACCUGACUGCAGAAUCGCCCCGAGUGUCAGGAGUGACUGAGCACGUGCAGAAGGAGUGUGGCAAGGGCCGGGGCAUACUGCGCUCUGCCAGCGGAAAGGCCACGCCCUCCGAAUCCAGAACAGGCGGCCCGGCUCGCCCAAGCCUGCGCAAGGCGGAGAGUACCCGCGUCAAGGGUUCGAACCAGCCCCGAGCCAGCCUGAAGUCUCAGAGCAAGGCCACGUCCGUGUCCGAGCGCCUGGACACCUCUUCCUGCCCGUCCUCCUCCGCGGGUCUGCCGCGUGCCAGCAGCGUCAUCUCCACAGCCGAAGGCACCACGCGCCGGACCAGCAUCCAUGACCUGCUGUCCAAAGACAGCCGUCAGCCGGUCCCCGUGGACCCUUCGCCCUCCAGGGGGAAGCCCUGCUCUCAGCCCGCGCCCAGUGAGUACCCUGCCCCCCACCCUCGGCCACACCCUCAGUCGCCACCCCAGGCCAGCCCCUCCGCCCUGCUGCCCAAGUCCGCCAGCAUGCCGUGCACUGGCCACGCCCCCAGCAUAGACGACCCCGAACUGUCCAGUCUGCAGGCCUUCCUAGGCCCUUCCUUCACCGUAGAGUCGGUCUUCCUGGACUCCAUCUUUAGCGAGCCCGUGUUUGCAGGCGGAGCUAGGAACCAGGCUGUCCUCUCCCUCAAUCCCUCCCUCGUUAGCAACAUCAGCGGCCCUCCCCUCAAGCCCAGAGAGGCCAAGCCUGGUCAAAAUGACCCCAAAGACCAGAGCGCUAGCCCGCCAAACAACAAAAUAGAUGGGCGGGGCAAUGAUAACAGUCACGUGAGUGGUUCUGACCAAUCCGCUUCCCUGAGCUCGGAGGACAGCCAGUCGCUGUGGUACGAGUACGGCUGCGUGUAACGGUGUUGGGGACGAGUGACCUGUUUCCUGUGUGGUGAUGGCCAUGCAUCUGCAUGAACACUUCGAGCACUACCAUAGUUUUUCGUUCACCUCUUUGUUUUGCUUUUCUUGUUUCGUCGCUGACUUCAUAACCAUGCACUCUCGCUGUUUUUGGUUUCGUGGGAGAUUUCUGAUUCUGAACAAUCCCUUUGUUGAACUUACAUGUCCAAGCGUUGAAUGUUUGCAUGUUGUUAUCCUUACGUCUUAUGUGAUUUUCAUGUUCAUAAGACAUGGUCUGUAUUUGAAUAGGCUUCCUUGUCUAUCAAAAUGUACAGUAAUCAUAUUGCCAUGAUUAUCCAAAUCACAAAAUUAAGAAAACACAACAAUGCUUUAUGGAAUUUUAUUAUUUCAGCAUUUCACUAAUUUAUUUGUCAACCCUGUGCUUAAAUUUGCGUGUUCAUAACUUCUAUGGUUAGCUGAGGGCUGAUCUAAAUUGAUAUUUAAAUAAAGUAAUUAGGCUUGUGGAGCAUAUCCCUUGAUGAGCUGUGUUAUGAGAACCAUUUAGAGGGCUAACACACGUCCAUGUACAAAUGAAUCCCUCCUAUUCUGUUCUGAAUGUUAGUGUAUCUUCUAUGGGAAGAACCUGCGAUGCAUUGGGGUGCUUUUUUGGGAGACUGGGGCUUUUCAGAAGGGAUGACUGGUGUUAUGCACUGAUGGGUCUUGGUGUUUGGGACUAGCUUGCGCAUGAGGGGGUGUCACUCAGUCACUGUCGAGUCAUUUCUACGCCCUUCCAUUCUGCUGUUCCAUUUUGAUUGCUUUGAUCAAAAUGAGGCAGUUCUCUCAUGCUGGUGUAUUGUCUUGCUUCGUUUACAUGCGAUUGGUUAACUACGGUAUUAGGUGUGUGUGUGUGUGUGUGUGUGUGUGUGUGUGUUUGUGUGCGCAAUAGAGCUGUCCGGUUCAUUUGGAGGAUCUUCAAGGAUCCAUUGCAAUAUAUUAGUGUCACAGUUUGGAAGGGAGUCUUCAGUAAUGGAAUAUGAGUUUGCAGGUUUUUGUAUAUUGUGAAAUUCAUUUUUAAAUAACAUUUCUUUUGGGAAAGUAAAAACAAGAUAUUAGCAUUUAUCUAUGUCGUCGUAGUAGCGCAACAUUAUUGAAGUGAUUUAACUGCUAUUUAUUUGUUCCCCUUUAGUUUCAGAACGAUUAUAUUGCUUCAUCUUUAUCAUGUACAUUUGCUGUUCAGCGCUUUCAUUUUGAUUGUAAUGUUUCGCUGUAACAUCACCUGCCUUUGUCCUGCAGAUGUGGAAGUCUCGCAAGAACGCAGAAAGUCUAAAAGCAGAUCAGGAGAGCAGCAAAGCUCCUAAGCACUAACUGCUGGCCGUGCUCUCUUUUCCUGGGGCCAACGGGGUGAGUGGAGAAGGGCAGGGUGGGGUUGUUGCUAUGGCAACUCGGAUGCCUGACCUGCAUGCACUUGCCCUCGUGCUGGUGUGUGGCGGUGAACAUGGAGGAUGGAUGGAUCCCGUCA